CUCGGAAUUUUAAAAUUAGGUACGAUGUCUGAUUGUCUAUUGCCGUCCUCUGACAUGGAUGCAUUUCGAAAAAUUCUUGAAAAAGCCAACUCCGUCGUCAUAUUGACUGGAGCAGGAGUAUCAGCAGAGUCUGGAGUGCCUACAUUUCGGGGAGCUGGAGGAUUAUGGAGGACGUAUUCUGCACAAAAUUUGGCGACUCCAUCGGCGUUUCGGUCUAAUCCUUCACUCGUUUGGGAGUUUUAUCAUCAUCGCAGAGAAAAUAUGGCGUCAAAGUCUCCCAACAAUGCACACAAUGCAAUUGCAGAGUUCCAACAUAGAAUGACUAAAGAAGGAAGGCACGUCAGUGUGAUCACCCAAAAUAUUGAUGAACUUCAUCAAAGGGCUGGUUCAGUCAAUGUCUUAGAACUGCAUGGCAGUCUGUUCAAGACUCGGUGUCUGAAAUGUAAAAAGAUAGAACCCAAUCAUGACAGUCCCAUUUGUGAAGCUCUUAGGGGAAAGGGAUCACCAUCCCCAAAUGAGGUUGGAGAAUUGGUUCCAGAAUCAUUGUUGCCCAGAUGCAAAGCUUCUUCCUGUGGAGGCCUUCUAAGGCCCCAUGUUGUAUGGUUCCAUGAAAAUCUGGAUUCUGUCGUUCUCAAAAAAGCUGAUGAGGAACUUAAUAGUUGCGAUCUGUGUUUGGUUGUUGGAACAUCAUCAGUUGUCUAUCCAGCAGCAAUGUUUGCUCCCCAGGUUGCUGAAAGAGGGGUUCCCGUCGCGGAAUUCAAUAUGGAAACUACUCCUGCUACUCAUCACUUUGGAUUUCAUUUUUCGGGUCCUUGUGGGGAACUUUUGCCUAAAGCGCUGGCACCUUGACGAUCGUGCCAGUAAAAGAAGAAGAGACUGUUGAAUACUUGAAUUGCUAUAGACACUACGGUUUAUAUAGACCUACAGCUGAUAAAGUAAUAUGCUUGUGCAUUUAAAAUCGCAUUGUUUUUCUGUAAAAAAAACUACAUAUGCGUAUAUAAAACUUUACCAACA